AUGGUAGUCCUAGUUAUACCAGCAACAUGGCUGCCUCAAAUGAAAAAAAAAUCCAGAAGGACUGACAAAGACGCAACUAAAACGAGAGAGCCUAGUUGGGUACAGAGUUCACCUACAGAGAGAGAAGGCUAUGAUUUAUCCAAGACUCGGAAAUCUGAGUCCCGUGCACAGCAUUCUCACAGAGAGCGCCAUGGCCUGAAAAGUAAGCGGAAGCAUCAUAGCACGGAAAAGCGCAAGAAAAAAAAAGAUGGUAGCAAACAUAAGCACAAGAAGGAUAAAAAGAGGUCCAGAACUCAUGACAAGAGUCUAUCUGGUAAAAGCCAAACCCUUUCCCUGAGCAGUGAAAGCAUCGAAUCCCGAGAGCAAAGCAGGUCACGGUCUCAAAGCAAGGACGACUACAGAAGUCCCAAGAGGAAGGAGAGUGACAGUUACUUUGGAGAGGGCGACUUCCAGAGCAAGUACAAUUGGGAGUCCACCGUGUACAGCAGGAAUAGACUGCAGGAAGACUACGAGUCAUCGUACAGGAGGCGGGCUCAGGAUUCAAGACAAUCUCCUAACCCAGACUAUGCAUUAGACUCCUUCUCUGAACGGAGAAAGCUUCGAAGUCCAAGAGGCCGUAGCAGAAGUCGGUAUUACUACUAUGAAAGAAGCAGAUCAAGAAGCAGAUCAAGAAGCAGAUCUCACAGUCCUCCUCGAGGAUGUGACAGGACAAGAUCCGAGAAGCCCAGUGGGAAAAGGAAAUACAAGACCCGUCACCUGGAGAGGUUUGACAGGGGAAACAAAGAGGCCUCUUCCCCAAAAGAAGGCAGUACCUUUGGGAAACCUUUGCCAAAGUGCCCGGACUCUUACAAAAGAGCAUCUAGCUUCUUGGACAGUCCAUGUGAGGCAGAUACCUCAGAGAGAAAGAGGAAAAGAGUGUCCAGAAGCCCAAGUAUGGAGAUAAUUAAUGAAACAAAACCCAAAAAGAAAAGAAGGGAGAAGAAGCCAUAUAAAAGCCACCUCGGCUCCUCUCCAAUGGCUAUUAUGAUUACAAUUGACAGUGACAGUGACAGUGAUAAAACCGCUGAAAUCCAGGCCUAUUUAGGAUGGGACAAUUUCGUUUCCUGGAGUCCUGAAGUCUCACAAUAUGAGAGAGAGGGAGAAUCUCCAUCAGCAUACUUGGAGGCUAGAGACUCCAGAUGUGACAGAGUUGGUGAGAGAGAAAAUAUGGACAAGGAUAGAUUAUGA